CCUUCUUGAACCAUCAUGGUGGUUCCCAUGUGUGCUUUAUAUUUGUUUUUAUUUGUAAAUAAUUUUUAGCUUUAAUGUCCGGCACAGCAAAUAAACAGAGCGUCAGUAAAGCGGGAGACAGCUGGCAGUUCAGUAAAACUAUGGAGGAGCUUGUCCAUGAUCUAGUCUCAGCCCUGGAAGAAAGCUCAGAACAGGCCCGUGGAGGCGGUGUGGAUAUUGAAGACCAUUCCGUCACGGUGGGAUGCCUUCUCAAACGGCAGGCCAGGAAGCGGAGGGGAAGAAAAAGACGGUCCGACAACGCUCACCAUCCCUGGGAGCCCUGCCACUACCUGAGCGAGGGCUCUGAGUCCAGCCUGGAAGAGCAAAACAAAGACUACAGAGACAACCACAACAGCAAUUACAAAGACAACAGCGACUCGGAUGAGCAGCUGCUGGUUGCCAAGCGGCGGCCCUCCUCAGCCAUGACCGCUGUCAGAGGCAAGAGACCCCUGUGGCACGAGGACUUAGCUGCCGAAAACAGCAGAACUCUUCGCAGGAGGAGGAAGGUGAAAUGCAUGGCAAUUGAUCUGCCAGCAGAGGUCACUGGUGCACUGACACUGACCCAGCAACAGGGCAGCAGCAGAGACCAAAUAAUGGACUCUGAAAGCAAGCCACAGCAGGAGAUCACCAAGAGCAAAGUCAAAAAGAGAAAGCUGGCUUCAACAAAGCAGGGGGCAGAGGUCCUAGACGAGGGAGUAGUGGUGGAAACUGAAGAAUUGAGUCAAACAAAUAAUGGCAUAAUGGAGUACCAGGAACACAAGGAUACGGAUGAGAAUAUGAGUGACAGUGAAACUAGCAGCAUCAGCAACAGUAGUGAUGAUGGUGGCUUGUAUACCAAUGAUGAAGGAAGACAAGGUGACGAUGAGCAGAGUGACUGGUUCUUCGAGGGCGAGUCUGGAGGGGCCUGCGGCAUCGCUGGGGUCAUCCCCUGGUGGGAAAAAGAGGACUCCUCAGAGCUGGAGAAAGAGCUGUCUGAUCCGGUCUUCAAGAGCAUCCUAACUGGCUCCUUCCCCCUUAUGUCAGAGUCGUCCCAAAGAGGUUUUAAGGCUAGACUUGGUUGCCUGAAUGGGGUGCCAUCCAGGAUGAACAAAAACGCACUGCAGCCAUCCACUGGAAAGAUUAGCACUCCUGGGCCUGGCAGUAAUGAGAGACUGUCCCACUUCUCCCAGGACCCCCAUCACCACGACCACUGGUUCAGCCAUGGGGCAAGGAAGGAUAAUAACCAGCUUCUGCGGGAUGCUCGGGCUGACAAAGGUCAUAGGAAGAGCUGCUCAUUAAAAACUGCCAGCAGACAAACAAGUGUUCACUUAGGAUCGCUGUGCACAGGAGACGUCAAGCGGAGACGCAAGGCUGCACCUAUUGCUGGACCAAUGACAACAGGGUUUGUAGGUGAAAACGCGCAGCCAAUUCCAGAGAACAACAUUGGCAACAGGAUGCUGCAAUGUAUGGGCUGGUCCCCUGGUAUGGGACUGGGACGAGAUGGCACUGGAAUAUCGGAACCAGUUAGAGCACUGCAGAGACCUAAAGGGGCAGGACUUGGCUUUAGCUUACUACAGACAACUUGAGUUACCUCCCUCAGCAAGACAAAUAUUUGCAAUGUCAUCUGGGACCAGUUGUUUAUCAAAUACGGGAUUUGUAUGCCAGCUAAUUUUAAUAGUGUUAAAAUGUAAACAAACAAAAUAUUGGGCAAUUUAUAUAUUUUUCUCUAUUGUAAAACUAAACAGAAUAAUGCUUAUGAUAAUAACAAUUCUAUUUUUUCUGUUAAAGUAAUUAGGAAACCCUUUUUAUAAAUGUAUCAGAAUGGUUGGACUUAAAUUAGGUCCUACAAAAGGGUGUGACAGAUUUAUCAUUACUGUGUGUCACAAAACAGUUACUUUUCAGUAUGUAUAACUCAUGCUGUCUUUUAUAUAUCUAUCGAUCGAUUUAUCUAUCUAUAUAUAUCAACAUGUCUCUAUAAAGAUAAAAUUUCAUCAUAUGUAUAAAAGAUGUAUAUCAUGUGAAUUAUUGUUGCUGCCUGAUAUGAUAAAUGCAUCUGUGUUUGCACAAGGCAGAAGUAUACCUUUGGCAACAUUGCAAUGCUGCCAGGGUUGUGAAUUUCAGUUCUAGAACAACUUGGUAUGACAUAGAAGACAAGUCUUGGAAUUGAAAAGCAUUCCUUUUGAUUUUAGAUUUAACAGUUUUAUUUAUAAGAUAUUGUACAAAGUAACAAACAAGUAAAAAAAAAAAAAAAAAAAAAAGAAAACAGGUGCAUAUCACAGAAAAUGUUAAAGGGUUAAAACGUAAAUAGAGAUGUGCUGUAAAUCUACAUAAUUUGGUUUUGUGAUUGUUUGCUCGAUAUGCAGUUUGAGUUAUUUUAAGAAAAUACAAACGCUGUGUAGUUUAAAUUGAAAUAAAAAAAAAAUACAUCUCCAAGAACCUGAAAUUGUUCUUAAUUUCAAAGCAAGUGUAAUAUUUCCACAGCUUUUAUCAUCAAUUUGUCAUGAAUUUUACAUUGUUGCUGCUUGUAAAAACUAAUUUAUAGAAAGGGUGUUUUUGUUUGUUUGUAUGUUCUUAUGCUAGCAUAUCAAGCUUAAACUUAAUUUCACAAUUUUAUUACAAGUCUGAUUUUAAAAUAGUCUGCGGCUCUUUAUCAGGACACCUUGGAAGAAGUGAAAACAUCCCAAAUAAGUGGCUGUCCCAACUAAACGAGAGGCAGUUGAUGAUCUCAGUCACACUUUUUUGGUUUCUAAAUAAAAAAAAAAAAAGU